AUGGGCAUUCUCACCGACGAAAUGAAACUCGCCCUGGCCGAACAGCGUCUGAUAUUUGCUGCCACCGUCUGUCCCGACGGCACCCCCAACCUGUCUCCCAAGGGCACCAUCAUGGUCUGGGACGACGAUCACAUCCUGUUCACCGACCUGGCGUCGCCCGGCACCAUGCGGAACCUGGCCCACAACCCGUCCAUCGAGAUCAACACUCUAGACGUAUUCGCCCGCAAGGGUUACCGCUUCAAGGGGACUGUGGCGGUCCACGCCGGUGAUGAACUGGAAAAAGCGGUGAAGGAGCGGAUGCGCCACGGCCCAUCCAACGUGACCGGGCUGGCCGACAGCGUGCGCGCGGUGGUCCUGAUCCGCGUGGAGCAAGCCUUGCCCUUAAUUUCUCCCCGGCUACUGGGGCGGCGCCACCGAGGCGGAUAUGCGCCGUAA